AAGUCAAGUCAAACAUCAAAUAAUGACAAAAAAAACAAAAAAAUAUCAAAAUAAAUAGCCACAAAAUAGGCAUCAGAGUAAUUUUGGGUAAAAUAAAUGAAAAUUAACUAAGUUAACUUACGGUAAAGUCAAUAAUCUUGAUAGUGAUAUAAAUGUUAAAACAUUUGAAACAAUAUCAAAAGAACUCUUAAUUUUUUUAAAUAACAAGUUCAACAAAAUCCAAGUUUUCUAUCUACUUAUCCCAUUAUUUACCAGACUGAAUAUGUAACCCCUCAGUAAACCUAUCCCCUAAACACCAAGUGCAAUCACACUGCAGGAGUCAAAGACAAAUCCUAGAGUUUGUUCAAUAAACAAAACACCACACAUCCCGGCUCAACUGGUGAGAACAUACAAUGGAACCACAGAAGCCGUUUGCCUGCUCCAUAGUGGACUGCGGGAUGGCGUUCACUAAUGAAGACCACCUUCACGUCCACACCAAGAAGCAUGACAUGGUGCUGCAGCUUGGUGCUGAGCAGAAGGCUGCUUUUGUUGCAGACCAGACCCCAACGCCGACGCGCUUCAUCCGCAACUGCGAGGAGGUGGGGCUGUUCCAGGAACUGCAGAAUGUCAACCCCUUCGAUGAGGGCUUCAAGAGGGCCAUGGAGACUAAGUCGGGCCUCCUCUCGCUGGACCCCGCAGCUGCCUCGGAGGAGCUGCACACCCCACAGAUGGUGUUCCCGCUGCUCGGAGACGGAGACGCCGCGCUGUACACCAGCAACAACCAGAGGAAUAUCACUAUUAGCAGGUCAUCCAGUGAUGAGUCUGGCGCAAUCAAGGAGUAUGAAACAACAACUAUAUCCAAACUAAGAAACGAAGUCACAACUAUCAGCAGGAUAGUGGGAAAACACGAUAUUCUAGACAAAAUCACCACUACAGAUGAUGUGUCCAUAACCAAACAUGAAGAAUUUGACGGCAACAGAGAUAUAGUCAACGAAACUGUAUCUUAUACUAACAAUAUCAUCAAAAUACACAGCAAUGUAGAAAUAAUAACAGGCAAUCAAACGAACGUUGAAACACUGAAACACAAUAUACCUAAUUCAGUAGUUUCUUAUACAGAUUCAGUCAUAAAAGACAAUGUUAUUACGAAAGAUGUUCUGCUGACUGAUACGAAUAAACUACAAGUGCCAGAUAAAAUGCCACCGAUAAUGAGCCAGAAGUCCAUAGAUUUUGUUGUUGAUAGUCUUACAAGUGAACAUCCGUGCCCACAUGAAGUUAUAGAUGUAGAAACAGAUAAAGAAAUGCCUAUAAGAAAAGUAUUCAAACGAAACUUCGAAAAUGCCAUCAAAAAGUCUGAUGAAGAGAAAAAGGUUGCGGCAAAAAGAGGCGUCAAGUUAAACGAUGUUAUAAAAGCCAAAAAUGAAUUUAGGAAGAUCAAAAAAGAAAAAGAGGACGAUUAUGAAGUAAUUAUCAAACUGCCUAAUCAACAGUAUAUUAGAAUGAAAGCCGUUGAAGACAUACCUGAUGAAGAUGUUAAACCUCCAAUUCUUGAUGAAACCAAAGAGAAGUUAAAGAAGGCUUUAAGUGAAAAAGUAGCUCCUAAAAUACCAACAUUGGAUAAUACUCGUAUAAUAUCCAAUAUAUUACCAGGGACGCUCUAUCCAGUGACCCUAGUCAAUCCAACACAAAUACUAAUAACAAAUACUCUUCAGAAAAUACCCAUACCCAUGGAGACAUUUAAAAAAACCACAAAACCAGAACAGAAUUAUAAAAAGACUGUGAAAAGAAAACCAGAAGAUAACAAUAAUAUUAAAGUUAAAACAAUACCAGAAUUUGUUAAAGUAAAUAAUAAUAAAAAUGAAAAUACACAAAGUAAAUUAGGUGAAGAUGAUGGUAAAAAUGUAGGAAAAGUAGUAAGACAUAAGGACACAAGUGAAGAUAAGUCUACGUUUGCCAAACACUGCCUGGAGAGCCGAAGUGCAGCCUCAAGGAGAUAUAGGGAGCGCCUAAAGCACACAAUGGCGGCCCAAGCCCAAGAGAACGAGCAGCUGAGACAGGAGAACCGGCGGCUGUCCCGAGAGAAUGCGGCGCUACGGGCGGCCCUGGUCACACACGCGAGAGGGUGCCGGGGGCUGGAUGAGGAGCUUAGUAACCUACAAAGCACAAUGGAGAAGAUCUCUGGAAAACAAUAAAUAUAUUAUGAAAUGAAUAUUUGUCUGAAAUAUGUAUAUAA